AUGGAGCUGAAAUGCGCCCACCAGACCUACCACUGGGGCCGGCGCGGCUCCGAGAGCACGGUUGCCCAGCUGGCAGCCGCCGCGCAGGGCCUCGCCGUUGACGAGGCCUCGCCAUACGCCGAGCUGUGGAUGGGCACGCACCCCAGCGGGCCCGUGCUGGCCAAGUCGGGCCAGCAGCUGGCCGACUGGAUCCGGCAGAACCCGAGCGCGCUGGGCGAGAAGGUGCUGCAGAAGUUCGGCCAGCGGCUGCCGUACCUGUUCAAGGUGCUGUCAGUCAACAUGGCGCUCUCCAUCCAGGCGCAUCCAUCUAAGGAGCACGCCGAGGAGCUGCACCGCGCCCGGCCGGACCUGUACAAGGACGACAACCACAAGCCGGAGAUGGCGCUGGCGUUGACGCCGUUCGAGGCCCUCUGCGGCUUCCGUCCGCUGGAGCAGAUCCAGCGUUUCCUCACUGUGGUGCCGGAGCUGGCCACCGUCGUCGGAGCCGACGCUGCCGGCCGUCUGCUGGCAGCGAGCCCGGCCGACCCCCAAGCCCGGUGCCACCUCAGGGACUGCUUCCGCGCGCUGAUGACCCGCGAGCCGGCCGAGGUCGCACGCCACGUGGAGGCGCUGGCGGCGCGCCUGCGAGCUCAAGGGGACUCCCCGAGCCAGGACGUGCCGUCCGAGCUGCUGCUGCGCCUCAAUGGCCAGUUCCCCGGCGACGUGGGCUGCUUCUGCGCCCUGUUUCUGAAUCACCUGACCCUGCAGCCUGGCGAGGCGCUGUUUCUGGGCCCCAACGAGCCGCACGCCUACUUGCUGGGAGACUGCGUGGAGCUGAUGGCCUGCUCGGACAACGUGGUGCGCGCCGGCCUGACGCCCAAGUUCAAGGACGUGCCGACCCUGGUGGACAUGCUGACGUACAAGUGCGCGCCGCCGGAGCAGCAGCUGUUCGCGCCGACCGGCACCGAGGGCCCCGGCGUGGUGCUGUUCGACCCGCCCGUGCCCGACUUCACGCUGGCCAAGAUACAGUUCCGGCCGGUGGUGCCGGAUACGGGCUACACGCUGCCCACCCGGGACUCGGCCAGCCUGCUGCUGGUGGUGUCCGGCAUGGGUCGCUGCGGCGACGCCGCCGUGCGCCGCGGCACCGUGCUGUUCGUGCCGGCCGGAGAGGCGGUCACUCUGCGGCUCGACAGCCAGCACGAGGUGCUCAUGUUCCAGGCGUUCUGUCAGCUGUGAGCGCCCUGCGGCACCGACCGCGCGCGAGCCAACUCGGGCCGCUCGGGUCGGCGCUGUGGAGAUGGGCGUGUUCGAUUCGGGCGGACUUAGUGAACCGCCGUUACACAGGAAACUGCUGUUGCCGGAAAGCAGUGUUCAAAAAAUGUUUUGGAAAGUGCACUUGCUGUUCCUUGCGCUGUUUCGAUGACAAUUGAUCCGUAUUUUUACUUGAUGUAGUACCCCGUGGGCGAUAUUGUGUUUUACGGUGCGUCUACGACAUACUACCCUUACGCCCUAGGUUUAUAUUCGCUUAAUAUUCCUCAGCUUCGCAGUUUUAUUUGCGUUUCUUGCGUUUACGUCUUUGCUCCUACCAGUUCGUUCGUGCGAGCUGAUGACAUUCACUUGGUUGGAAGCUCCGACUUUCAGAUUGUUGUUCGGUUCUGAUUGGUCAAGUGCAUGCAGUUUCGUACGGGAUGUACUUGGUGCUUGAGGGCAAGGGCAUUUUUAGCGGAUACCGAUUGUCUAUCCAUAGCAGGAGAGGAGUUCCACGCAGCGCUAGAAGCUUAUUGUAUUCACUUUGCUUUAGUUGGUUUGCUUUGCGCGGCUAUUACUCUGCAGUAAUUUCACUACUUGACCAGUUAUUCGCUUGCGAAAUUAAGAACAAUGUCAUUUCCACUAGUGUUUCCAAACAAAGUAUGAUUCAACUUCGUGGCUGUCAGUGAAGUGUUACCACAAGUCAGCGCUCGUAAGCGCGGCUGAGACGCUGUGUUUCUCCGUCGUGCGGUACGAUGGGAUGGUGCUGUCGCGCCCCGAGUAAUGGUGUGUGGUAAUACGUCGAGGGCUUAGUGACUUGACCUUUUGCACGUGGUGACCAGACGGACUGUGUUUAUAGCACGCUCCGCGCGCUAGAUAUAUGUCGGCACCUCUCCCAUACGUGGGCACGUGGGUACCAUUUCACCCAUUGCACCGGUUGAAAGCUAACAGUGAGGCCUAGGGCCUCUUACAUGUUUUGUUACAUGAUCUGUUGAUAAUGCAUCGCCAAUUAUCAGGCCAUGCAGAUUGGCAAGAUUGUAAUGUCAGUUAAAAGCUGUUGCUUGUUGCCUGUUGAUAGUUUUUAAUAUAUUACACCGAACCAUUUGUUCGCCUAUGGCCUGUAUUGCCUGCAACGCGGCACCACACCUCGACGAGUAACCCGCACAGACGGACAAAGGGAUGAGGAUUGGGGACGCCCCGCGGUGAACAGAGGCUGGCUGCAAACGUCCGCAUUGGCCGGUCGUCAGCCUCCGUCGCGGUCGUGCACGUGGCUGGGUCCGUCGUUACGCUAGUCAGCGUUAGUUAUAGGGUGAAGCCGACACGGAUCGUCAUUGGCCUCACGUCUCCAUGUACAGCGUCUGCGACGGGUUAAUGUGUGAACUUCUUCAGUGAGGAGUCUGAAAAGUUGAUGUUAUCGACCGUGAUCUUGGUAACAGCUUUGCAGCAGUGCGGAUAACUGCGGGUAAGGCAUGCGCAAUGUACUUCAGGCAGAGACCUUUCGCACAAAAUAUUUGU